GUGCUGGUCUGGCCGGCGACGCGCGUGCCCUGUGGCCAAACACUGCCCGGAGUGAGAGCAAACUACCAGCGCAGUGCGUGUGUGUGCGCGCGGGGGUGCGCGCGCGGGUGUGCGAGAGGGUGAGCGAGCGAGCACGGGGCGGAGGGGCGGCCAACUGCUUCACACUUUCAACACUGCACCGAAGAGGGAGAGCGAGACAGCCUGGAGACGCACACAUCCCCCCAAGAUCUCCCCAGGCCAACGUCCCACAAAUUACAGGACAGAACCCUCCAAAUCGAAACGGAGGAAACGGACAGCCAUUGAACAUGGACGAAGGAAUCCCUCAUUUGCAAGAGAGACAGUUACUGGAACAUAGGGAUUUUAUAGGACUGGAUUACGCCUCAUUGUAUAUGUGUAAACCCAAAAGGAGCUUGAAGCGAGAUGACACCAAGGAUACCUACAAAUUACCGCACAGAUUAAUAGAAAAAAAGAGAAGAGACCGAAUUAAUGAAUGCAUUGCCCAGCUGAAAGAUUUACUGCCUGAACAUCUGAAAUUGACAACACUGGGGCAUCUGGAGAAAGCAGUAGUUUUGGAAUUAACUUUGAAGCACUUAAAAGCGUUAACAGCCUUAACGGAGCAGCAGCAUCAGAAGAUAAUUGCUUUACAGAAUGGGGAGCGCUCUCUGAAAUCGCCGGUCCAGGCCGACUUGGAUGCGUUCCACUCGGGGUUUCAAACCUGCGCCAAAGAAGUCUUGCAAUACCUCGCGCGCUUUGAGAGCUGGACGCCCAGGGAGCCGCGCUGCGCACAGCUUGUCAGCCACCUGCACGCCGUGGCCACCCAGCUCCUGACGCCACAGGUGCCCCAGGGCAGGGUCCCGGGCCGCGCGCCCUGCAGCACUGGGGCCGCGGCCGCCCCCGGCCUUGAUCGCGCCGCCCGCUGCGUGCCGGUCAUCCAGCGGACUCAGCCCGGCACCGAGCCUGAGCACGACACGGACACCGACAGUGGCUACGGAGGCGAGGCGGAGCAGGGACGCGCCGCCGUCAAGCAGGAGCCACCCGGGGACCCGUCGCCCGCGCCCAAGAGGCCGAAGCUGGAGGCGCGCAGCGCGCUCCUGGGCCCGGAGCCCGCGCUGCUCGGCUCGCUCGUGGCGCUGGGCGGGGGGGCGCCCUUCGCGCAGCCGGCCGCCGCGCCCUUCUGCCUGCCCUUCUACCUGCUGUCGCCGUCCGCCGCCGCCUACGUGCAGCCCUGGCUGGACAAGAGCGGCCUGGACAAGUAUCUGUACCCCGCGGCGGCCGCGCCCUUCCCGCUGCUGUAUCCUGGCAUCCCCGCUGCGGCCGCCGCCGCUGCCGCUGCCUUCCCCUGCCUGUCGUCCGUGCUGUCGCCGCCUCCAGAGAAGGCAGGCUCCGCCGCCGGUGCCCCCCUCCUGGCGCACGAGGUGGCGCCCCCGGGGCCGCUGCGCCCCCAGCACGCGCACAGCCGCACCCACCUGCAGCGCGCUGGGAACCCGGAGUGCUCUCAGGAAGAUGCCUCGCUGCCUGCCAAGGAUGCCCCCUGAGCCCCACAGCCCUUCCCGAACAGGGGCAGGGGGCUCCAGAGGAGUCGCCAGGUUUCCAAGUUCAAAGGCCCCCUUAAGCGUGGCAGGGAGGAAGAGUAAGAGAUGCUCGACAGGCUUAGGACAAAAACAGGUGUUUUGUGUACGUUUGGAGUUCCUGUUUUGCCCGUUUCUCACCCUUUUGCCACCCCACCCUCUACCCGAUCACACCCACCCCACCCUUCGCCCCACUGUUACAGAUCCUCCGUGCGAAUUACUGGUUAUGUUCUAUUUACCCCCCCCCCCCAAAUUUAGUCCACUCCCCGUUCCCUUUCCAGACACAGAGUCUGACUCUGGGAGUCUGUUGGGUGGGAGAGCCACGUGGAAAAGAGAGUGCCUGGUCCUAGGGUCCUUGGGCUCUGGGCCUGGAGCGGCAGGUGUGUCCUCCAGCUGUCCCUUGAGGAGGCACUCCAUUAACCGAGGGUCUCUGAGAGUUAAAUGUGUCAGUAUUUUGUAGUGUUUGGCUUUUUGAAAGGUACUUUUUUUUUUUUCAAAAAGGUGAGAAUGCUCUUGCCCUGUUGUGGGGCCCUUGGAGUGAUGUCUCUGUACCUUGCACUUGUUUGGAAAGACUGGGCCUUGGGCCAUCUUCAGGCACUAUGUCAGGGUGGGAGCUGGGGGCGGGAGGUUUGAGCCCUUGGCGCCUCUGCUCGCACUUUGUUGACAGAUUGACCUCAAACUCUUUGUCCCACUUCAGUUUCUCAAUUCAUGUGCUAUGGUCAUAGAUUUGUGUUUCUGAGCAUGUCCCCGCCCCCACCGCGGGUUACUUUACCCAUCAUGUUCCCAAAUUUUUGUAACGUUAACAUUUUUAUUUUUUAAUUUUUCAAAGUGCACUGGGCUGGAAAAAGAAAAGCCUAAACCGAUUGAUUGGUCCUCAAAUUCUUAGAUGAUAGAAGUGGAGGGAAGAGCCAGUGCUCCCCCGUGAUGGGAAGUGCUCCGAAGAUGUAGGGGGAGCCCUGCCGGGCCUGCUCUCUCGUUCUGUAGAUAUUUUUCUGGAGAGACCAAACCAGUUACCAGAUAAUCAGAAAGAAAACUCGUUCAAUACAACACACACCAAGACCUUGUCUAGAUAUUUUUAGUUUGUUUGUUGCUAAGGUAGCACUGAGAACUGUCACUUGAAUGUUACUUGAGGGGUGAGACAGUGGUCUGGAGUGAGGAAAUUACCUGGGUCUGCCAGUGUGUUCGGUCCGUCUGCUGCUGCUGCUGCUGCUGCUGUUUGCCUCAAACGCUGUGUUUAAACAACGUUCAACCCUUAGCCUGCCCAGGCGGCUGUAUGUACAUAGCUGUUAAUACACCCAAUUAAUGAUGCCUGACAUGUUAUUUUUGUAGGGGAGAAAGAUACGUGCUAAUGGUAUUUUGAGUUAAAAUAUCUUCUGGGAGGACUUGGUGAAGUGUUUGCACUUUGGUUACUAUGCUUAUGAUGCUUGGUGCAAGCUUACGCUGUCUUAAAUUAUUAAACAAAUAAAUAUUGUCUGCAAGAAACCAGCCGGUUUAAACAAGUUUAGUAUGUAAAGAUGAGCUAGAGUCUAUCUUUAUAUUCUAGUAUUUUCAGCACUCCCUAAAUUCUAUUAUCUAAAUAUUGCCACACUAUUUUGUGAUUUAAAGCUUAUUACUAAGGAAUAAAGACUUUAUAUAUGA